AUGUAUCGACACAUUACCACUGAAGGCACUGGACAUUGUAGAACGCAUGCAGUUCUACCAGGAGAUGUUGAUUUUGCACACGACAAUGUCAACAACGAUUCCUAUGGAGUACCUAGUCAAAAUGACAUUAGAAGAAACGGGCUGGAAGCAGGACCACAAGAGAUCCUGCAGCAACUUACCCUGCCCCGUUCUAGUACAUCAAUGAGAUCAAUUGACCAAACCUUGAACAGUCCUCGUUCUCCGCAAGCAACGCGUAGCCAAAUUGGCAGUCCCGUUGGAAGUCCUCGAAUGGCAAGUCCCCGCAUGGGAAGCCCACGAUCUAUUGUCAUGGGUGGAACCGGCGGAACGCACAGUCGUAAUGUUAGCAACACCUCUCAGCAUAGUGAUAUGCCUAUUCGACAGCAAAUGAUGUCCAGAAGUCCUCCCAAUAGGACUGCUACAACCACAAGGAUCACCAGAUGUUCUCAAAGAAUCGCAGCCAUGGCACGCCAACAAGAAGAUGACACCAAAGAUAUUGAGUCUGUUUACCUCCCGAAUCUGAUGAGGAUAUUCCGGCAGAGGCCGAAGAAACACAGCUGGCUAAGCAAGGUCGUUGCAAAAUUUUCGCGAUAG